AUGUGCGAGGAGGUCAAAAAUCCUUCUCUGGCUGUUCCCAGAUCUAUCAUCACUAGCAUCGUGAUUAAUGGGUUCAUGGGCUUAGCCAUAGUCAUCGCGAUGCUUUACGGAGCGACCGAUAUCGACAAGGCCAUCAGCUCGAACACAGGAUACCCUUCCAUCGAGAUAAUUUACCAAGCCACAGGAUCCAUGGGUGGAACUGCUGCCAUCACAUCUUUUAUUGUCGUCAUGAGCCUCUCUUGCCUUGUCGGCACUAUUGCCGCCACUUCUCGUGUAUUCUGGUCUUUCGCUAGAGACCACGGUCUUCCUUUUUGGCCAACUUUAUCCCAGGUCCAUUCCAGAACUGGCAUCCCUGUCUGGGCUGUCGGUAUUACUAGCAUCGUCUCUUGCCUUCUUGCCCUCGUAAAUAUCGGCUCCACAGCCGUCUACAGCGCGAUUAUUUCAAUAUCCGUAUCGAGUCUUUACUCUUCCUACCUUAUUGCUGCCAGCCUUCUGCUUUAUCGCCGUGUCGGAAAAGGAUUUAAGCUUCCCGGCCUCAGUGCUUUCCCUGCUCUUGCAGAUACUGGAGAUGACGAAAUCCAAACUUUAGCCUGGGGCCCGUGGCAUGUUCCUGGUGUUUUCGGCAUCAUCAACAAUGUUUAUGCGUGUUUCUACAUGGUUCUCAUAUGGUUCUUUAGCUUCUGGCCUCCGGCAGCAAAUCCCGACGUAGCUGGCAUGAAUUUUGCUGUCCUAAUGACUGGCUGUGUUUUUAUCUUUAGUGUUAUCUACUACUUGACUUGGGCUAGGUCGGAGUACAAGGGACCUAUUGUUGAGAAUCUUAGCGAGUAG